GCCAGCGGCGGCGGGAGCGCGCCGUCAUUCCGACACAUUGAUCCCGGUGACGGACGCGCCGCGGACAUGAACCCGGCGAAACUCCGCCUCAGCUCCGGGGUCGCGCCUCCACACUCGGCUCUCAGCAGCGGGGCAGCGCUCCCGGUCCGCGAAGUGCAGCUGUUAGCGCCACGUCGACUAAAGCAAACAAACUAAAGCUCCAGCACUUGUUUCUCUUCUUUAGCGUCGACAGCGAGAGCCGGAGCGUUUUUCUCUCCGUCUUCAUUUGCCGCCCGUGAACCAUGCUGGACCCGUCCUCCAGCGAGGACACCGGCGGGGAGUCCGACCCAGAAGUUGUGCAGGAGGCUGCGAGGAAACCUGCCUCCUCGUCGGGGAAACGGGGGAGCAGCAGCAGCAGCAGCAGCCGGGCGGGCGGCCAGCAGAGACAGUCCGCCGCACCUGGAGGAGCCGCCGGCAAAGGUGCGAGAGACGCAGCGGCAGGUGAAGAUGAGGAGAGGAAGGAGCGGGAGCGGAUCCAGAGGGAGGAAGAGGAGAGGAAAACUAAACUGCAGAUUUAUGUGUUCGUCCUGCGGUGCAUAGCCUACCCGUUCAACGCCAAGCAGCCCACCGACAUGGCCCGGCGGCAGCAGAAGGUGAACAAGCAGCAGCUGCAGGCGGUGAAGGAGCGCUUCCUGGCCUUCCUCAACGGGGAGAGUCAGAUCGUGGCAGAUGAAGCUUUCUGCAAUGCUGUGAGGAGCUACAAUGAGGGCUUCCUGAAGAGCGAGCGUGUUUCCCGGAUGGUUCAGAGUGGCGGCUGCUCGGCCAACGACUUCCGCGAAGUCUUCAAGAAGAACAUCGAGCGACGCAUUCGCAGCCUCCCAGAGAUCGACGGCUUGAGCAAAGAGACUGUGUUAAGCUCCUGGAUUGCUAAGUAUGAUGCCAUUUACAGGGGGGACGAGGACAUGCGGCGUCAGACACAGCGGGCCCACCUUAGUGCCGUGUCAGAGCUCAUCCUCAGCAAGGAGCAACUCUACGAAAUGUUCCAGCAGAUCCUUGGCAUCCGAAAGUUCGAGCACCAGCUGCUCUAUAAUGCCUGCCAGCUGGACAAUGUAGAUGAGCAGGCAGCUCAAAUCCGUCGAGAGCUGGACGGCAGGCUACAACUGGCUGAGAAGAUUGCCAGGGAGAAGAGAUACCCAAAGUUCAUCUCCGCUGACAUGGAGGCUCUGUACGUGGAGGAGCUGCGUUCUUCAGUCAACCUGCUGAUGGCAAAUCUGGAGAGUCUGCCAGUGUCUAAAGGAGGACCAGACUUCAAACAGAAGCUCAAACGCUCCACUCUGAACAACUCCUUCCUGGACAUCGGAGACGAGGGAGACAUUCUCUCCAAAUCUGACGUUGUGCUGUCCUUCACUCUGGAGAUUGUGAUCGUGGAGGUUCAGGGUCUGAAGUCUGUUGCUCCGAACCGGAUCGUUUACUGCACCAUGGAGGUGGAGGGAGGGGAGAAGCUGCAGACGGACCAAGCUGAAGCUGCCAGACCACAGUGGGGGACACAGGGGGAUUUCACCACAACUCACCCGCUGCCCUCGGUCAAAGUAAAGCUGUUCACAGAGAGCACCGGGGUCCUGGCUCUCGACGACAAGGAGCUUGGCAGGGUGGUCCUGAACCCAACCACCAACGGACCGAAGCAGGCCGAGUUCCACCGAAUGGUCGUCCCCAAGAACAGUCAGGACACAGAGCUGAAGAUCAAGCUGGCUGUCCGCAUGGACAAACCCCCCAACAUGAAGCAUAGUGGGUAUCUGUAUACUCUGGGACAGAGAGUCUGGAAACGCUGGAAAAAAAGAUAUUUUGUUCUUGUUCAGGUGAGUCAGUACACAUUCGCCAUGUGCAGCUACCGAGAGAAGAAGGCUGAACCUCAGGAGCUGAUGCAGCUGGAGGGCUACACGGUGGAUUACUGUGACCCUCAGCCAGGUCUGCAGGGGGGUCGGGUGUUUUUUAAUGCAGUGAAGGAGGGCGACCUGGUGAUGUUUGCCUGUGAUGAUGAGCCGGACCGGGUGCUGUGGGUCCAGGCCAUGUACCGGGCCACUGGACAGUCCUACAAACCAGUCCCACCGCUGCAGAACAAAACCACCAACUGCAGGGGAGGAAUUCAGAAGCCAGCGUCUCCCAUCAGUCUGGAUCCGUCUCAGCGUCAGGGAGUGGAGGAGUUGAUCUCUGCGGCUCCUUGUCGCCUCAACCACGCCGCCCUGUUCAGCAUUUUACAGAAACACACUCUGCAACACCGCAUGAGCGACUCCUUCUCAUGCCUGGGUUGGUUCAGUCCUGGUCAGGUGUUCGUCCUGGAUGAGUACUGUGCACGGUACGGCGUCCGAGGCUGCCAUCGUCACCUGAGCUACCUGAAGGGUCUGAUGGAUUAUUCAGAGAACAACACAUUGGUCGACCCCACGCUGCUGCAUUACAGCUACGCCUUCUGCGUCUCCCACGUGCACGGAAACAGGCCGGAUGGGAUGGGGACAGUGACCGCGGAGGAGAAGGAACAGUUUGAGGCCAUCAGGAGUCGUCUGAUAGCUCUGCUGGAGAACCAGAUCACGCAUUUUAGGUACUGCUUUCCCUUUGGACGACCAGAUGGGGCCCUGAAGGCAACGCUCUCCCUGCAGGAACGGGUUUUAAUGAAGGACAUUACCACGCCUGUCCCUCCAGAGGACAUGAAGAAACUCGUGCAGAGGUGCCUGGAAAAAGCAGCUCAGAUAAACUACAGUCAGCUGAUGGAAUAUGCUCAGAUCAAGGAGGAUGCUCAGGCAGCUCCAGAGAAAAGACUGGAGGACAUGAUGAGACUGGGGGAGCUCUGCAUUGAAGUCCUGCAGCAGAACGAUGAACAUCACUCCGAGGCUUUUUCGUGGUGGCCGGAGCUGAUGGCUGAACACGCAGAAACGUUUCUGUCUCUGUACAGAGCCGAUAUGGACUGUGCUCUUCAGGUGCAGCCUGUCGACUCCUGGGACAGUUUCCCACUAUUUCAGCUCCUCAACAACUUCCUGCGAACUGACUCCCACCUGUGUAACGGGACGUUCCACAAACACCUGCAGGACCUGUUCGUCCCCCUGGUGGUGCGCUACAUCGACCUGAUGGAGUCGUCCAUCGCCCAGUCCAUCCACCGUGGUUUUGAGCAGGAAACCUGGCAGUCGGUCAAGUCAUUAACAAACAAUUUAGCGAGCGUUCCUCUUCCCAAAGUGCCCAGCCUUCCACUAACGCUGCCUCAGAUGCCCAGUUUCUCAGCACCGGCCUGGAUGGGACCGCUGUGUGAAAACACCUUGCAAGGAAUAAAUCUACCUGACAUCUUUAAUGGUUCGGCCACCUCAGAGGAUUUGUUCUGGAAGCUGGAUGCUCUGCAGAUGUUCGUGCUGGACCUCCAUUGGCCAGAGCCAGAGUUUGCCAAACAUCUGGAGCAGAGACUCAAACUGAUGGCCAGCGACAUGAUGGAGGCCUGCGUCAAGAGAACAAAAUCAGCGUUUGAUGCCAAAAUGCAAAAAGCGAGUAAGUCCACAGACUUCCGCGUGCCGCUGUCAGUCUGCACCAUGUUCAAUGUGCUGAUGGACGCCAAGAAGCAGUGCUCCAAACUCUGUGUGCUGGAUACUGGUCAGGAGAUUGACAAACAAUGGCAACAGUACCACUCCAAAAUCGAUGUCCUGAUUGACGAGUCAUUCAAAGAAAUGAUUUCCUCCCUCAUCUCAAAGUUUGCCGGUGUUUUAGACUGCGUUCUCUCCAAGCUCUCGAGAUACGACGAAGGGACAUUCUUCUCUUCAAUCCUGUCUUUCACAGUGAAAGCUGCUGCCAAGUAUGUUGAAGUCCCUAAACCUGGGAUGGAUCUGGCCGACACCUACAUCACCUUCAUACGGCAGAACCAGGACAUCCUCCGAGACCGUGUCAAUGACGAGGUCUACGUCGAGGAUGUUUUUGAUCAAUGGUACACCGGCUCCAUGAAGGCUGUGUGUGUUUGGCUGACUGACAGACUGGACCUGCAGCUCCACACAUACCAGUUGAAAACCCUCAUCAAGAUUGUGAAGAAGACCUACCGUGACUUCAGGCUGCAGGGCGUCCUGGACGGCACACUGAACUGCAAGAGCUAUGAGACGAUCUACAACCGACUGACAGUGGAGGAAGCUACAGCGGCCGUCAAGGCGGGCGAUGGCCUGCAGGGCAUCAGCAUGCGAGACAGCGAUGAGGAGGAUGACUAAAUACACACAAACACACUCUUAACACACCUUGUUACUACUUGAUUGUCACCCUCUCCAUUACAGAUCAGGACCUUCUGUCACAGUUAAUGACAUCCUCCACUUCACUAAACAAUUUUCAUUUCAAACUAAAACAGAGACUAAGGCUGAAACCACAGACAACAAAUAUGAUUUGGUACUAAUAUAACUGAAAUAGACUGCUGCUGGACAAAUUAGCUUUGCGAUUCAUCAACAACAGAACAGCUAAUGCUAAAGUUAGCUUGCAUGCUUUGUUGUGGAAGCAUAUUCUCCACUGAGCACCACCUCAGUCAGCCAUAUUGGAUGAAUGCUAAAACUGAAAUUAAAAACAGCCAAUAUUCAACAGAUAUAACAGAUUUUUAAGUUAAGAUUGAGAAAUACGUGAUAAGUGAAAAAAAAUUACUGGCUACUGAAACCGAUAAAAACUAUAAAGCCAACAAACACUGUAAAAUAACACAAAUGCUGUAUUUUUAACAACAGGGACAGCACAUGCUUACAACUUUUAGCUACAUUUUUUUUUACUGUCUGUUAGAAAAGUAUUUUGCCAAAACAAAACUUGAUAGCAUGUCUGGAGAAAAUAGACAGACUGGACAAAAUAACUAUGCCAUUAUCAACAACAAAUCAAUCUAAUAUACAAGCCAUGAUGUUGAUGCAUUUUCUCAACAGAAUUUGACUCUAGUUCAAAUAUACCAGAAGAGCUGAUAUUACAACCACAGUCAACAAAUAUAAUUGAAAAAGAUUAAGAUAAUCAACAGAAAACAGAACUGCCAAACUAAUCACGCUGUUUAUGACACGACAAGUCAUUAAUGUUAACUAGUAAUACUUGUUGUUGAUGGGUUCUGUUGUAAAUCUGAGUCCAUUUUUUAGGACUAAACAAGGUGAAGCUCUGUGUGUAGUUGCAUCAUGUGCAGUAGAGGUUAAUCGUCAUGACUUAAGACCUGAUCAGUUGAGGAGGAUCGCUCAGGUAGUGACACACACUCUCACCCUGUCACAUGCUCAUCGCCCAGAUGUCCAUAUGUGUUGAAACGUACAUGAGUCUGAAUGUACGACUAAAAGUAAGUCGAGGUGAGGCGAGGCAACUGACAGACACUGGAAGGUUGUGAGACAAACCUCGUCCUCCCACUCUCACCUGCAGGACAGAAAGCCCCGCCUUCCUUUAUGUGCAGCCAUACUCUGAUUGAUGUCACUUUUUACAGUAGAGCUCAGUGAACGCCUAUUUUGUUUUCCUUCAGUCAUUGUAGCUUAUUGUUCAAGACUUAAAAUGUUGUGGCAGCUCUAAAACGCUAGAGUCCGAGCAAACCUGCCUUUUUUUGUCAUAUUCCUGACACCAACAGCGGCCAAUUCCACAAAAGAGAUUUAUUUUUAUUGGACUGAAAGCUUGGAAAUGUAAGGUUCUAUCUAACUGCUUUUAUCAAAGCUGGGUUUUCUACUUUCAUUUUCCUCAGUGCUAAAACAACCUGACCUUUUCUUAACAAGCAACCCAUUUUAUUUGUACAAAUAGUGACUGUUGUUUCUGAUAAGCUAAAGCAGAAGUAGCGUGACAUUAUUACAGCACCUCAAUGCUUGAGUUUGUUGUGAAUCGUUAGGUCAACAAAGCUGUUAUCAUCCGUGACUGUUUGAAACAAAUGCUGACCGACAGUUCAGUCAUACUUUUGUCUAUCUGUGAUCACAAUCGUUCUCUAACCUUUUACAGAAAUUACAGUUUAAUUGACUCAAUUCAAUCAAACCUUAAGAAAACCAGUAGCAGAUCAGAAAACACUUGAGGAGGACUUGAUCCAACGGAUGAACAACAUACUGUACCUUGUCAUUGUCUUAGGGCGCUGCUAGAGGAAAGGCCAUUGAAAGGUAGUUCAAAUCAUUUUAAACAUGGGCAGGUGCUGGAAGUCAGGAGGUCAUUAGGAUUCUUUCUCGAGAAAUUCUUUAAUGCUCCAUUCGAUAGUGAUGGAAACCGACAUCAAUGAGUAAAUGUCGAGCAUGAUGCAUAAAUAUGACAACUGGUAAACUGGCAAAGGGAAAAGAGUUAAUCGUCUUUUUCUAGGGGUGUAAAACGUGUAUAUCUGUUUGUUUGAUGUAAAAGAAGUUCAUGUUCAAAUCUAAAAUCUGACAAAACAGUGACAUCUCCAAAAAUAAAACAAGAGAUAUUUUAAUUAGGAUCGAAAUUGCACAGGAAAUCCAAAUUCGCACGAUUGUUGAAAUUGGCUUUACUACAGUACUUAAGAUGUUACAAAGAACAGUUUGAUUUGAGUCAUGAUUUUGCCAUUAGCUGUUACAGCGCUUUUUGCCAACCUGGACGUUUGUUUCUAUUGUCUCUCGUCUGAUUGUCUGACUCCUCAUGUUGCUCUACCAGUUGGACUUUGCUGUUACAGUACCUGAUGCCAAACCUUGAAAAACGUGACCCACAUUGUACUUAGGAUUCUCAUUAAACCACACCUAUUGUGUAUUUAACACAACCUUUCCUUAACCUUAACCAUGUUGUAGUUUCCAGCUGUUAUAUUAUAAUAUAAUAUUUAACUUUCAAAAACUUUGACAUUGACCAAAUCAAGGAUUUUUGCACAAUUAUUAUGUUUGAUAUGAAGUUUUUGUCUGGCAGUAGGGUUUAGCCUUCAGGUCAAAAAACUACUUAUCUGAAUGUUUUUGAUAAUCAGUGUCUAGAUCUGCAGAUAAAUUCUUACAGGUCCAAGCUAAUGAAAUGUUGCAGUACUGCUGUAGUUUCUCCAUCUGAACUUCAUGUAGCUCACAAUGUUCCCACUGCUAAAUAAGGACUGAUGGUCUCAGGUUGUAAAAGCUGCAAAAAAACAACAAGUAAUUUCUACAGGUAUUAAGAGAGAAACAGAAUCCACGCAGGUGUUCACAAAAACACAAGGUGUCAGUUUCACAAGAAGCUCUUUUAAGGUGUUGGAAUUGAAAGUAAAAGUGGGUAGUCGUUUUUCAGUAACACAAUUAGAUGUUGCUGUAGCUGCAGUUCUGCUGUCAUCUCUGUUCACUGUGAUAUUUACUGUUGUGAAGAAUUAUAUUGAGCUGUAGUGGUAUGGUCGUACUGCCUGUGUACUUCAUAUCUAACGUCGAUCAAAGUCUUAGAAACAUGCUUAUGAACUGAAAAGGUCUGGACCUUUUUUAACAGGAUCAUCGUGGGAGAACAUCUGUUUUUCGUUUUUUUAUCUGAUCACUGUCUUUAAUCUGAUCAGCUGUGAAUGGACUAAGUGUCUCAUCACUGCUGCCAAUUCGCUGGCUACCGUCUGUUUUGCGUGUCAGUGUAGGCCAGUGUGCAGCAACCUGACGUUUGUUUUAGCCGUCCGAUCCAGUUUGUAUCCGUGCAGUUCAAAAGGACAAAAAUCUAUUUGAAGAAGUAUAUUUAUAUUGUCUUAUUGUGCACCUGUUUUGUUCAGGUGUCUUAUCUAAGUGUCACUAUUAAAAGUGUUUUUAAAGCAACUGUGAUUUCAUUUUGUGGGUUUUAUUCUCUCAGUUUUAAUUCCACAUCAGACUGAAGAUUAGCUUCUUGGCAGCAGUCACAAAAACAGCCAAUGAUCAAUUCUGAUCUCACAGGGAAGAUUUACAAAAGGGG